UGGGCCAGGCAAAAGAUCCCUGGUGUGCUGUUUCGGUCAGCUUGGCUUGUGUGACCAUGGCAUGUAAAACUGGCACAAUAUGAGAUCCUAGCUUAUUCCAAAGACCCCUCUCCUUCCGAUUCACAGCAGUCUAUCCCUCCUUUGCAGCUGAAUGCCUGUGACCUUAGUUUGGGGUUACAGCUCAUGUCCACCCAGCCAGCAUGGCCAUGUUCCCCCCCCCCCAAGGAGGCUUUGUCCUUCUGGGGCUGGUAAGAGCUGGAGGGCACCAGGUUGGGGAAGGCUGAGCUAAAGAAGGAUGGGAUGAGGAGCCUGUGGCCUCUGGAUGUUGCUGGAUGCCAACUCCCCUGAGCCCCAGCCAAGUGGCCAAGGAUGACGGGAGUGGGGGUCUCAAAAAGACGCCUGCCUGCCUGCCAUGCUCUCCUUUUACAGGUGGGGGGCCGUCCGUCUUCUUGGUGGUGGCACAUCCUGGGCUCCUUUGGGAGGAAGGGCAGGAUACAAAUGGAGUAAAGAAACAUAUGAAGGAACCAAAAGGUAGAGAAGAACCGCCUGGCUCCUUCUUUGUUCACUUCCAGAUACAGGCCAAGAGAUUUUUCUGCCUUUUCCCUCCUCUUUUAUUUUUUAUUUGCUAUGCUCCUUGCUUGUUACUCCAACUGUUGAAGUUGUGGCUUAAAAAUGUCUUUCAUUUUGAGAUGCUGAGGUCUCUUUUAUCGUAUGUCAUUUUAGAAAUGUUUGAUUUAAAAUUUAGACGUGGUUUCUGAAAGACAGAAAUAGGUGAUCUCAAGAGGUAACCAUCUCCAUAGUAGCUCACCUUCAGGCCCCCAGCCAAAGCCAGACCUUUUCUAUUUAAGAAAUCCGGCACCCCCAUGAAUGGCCCCCUUCUUAGUUCAGCCGGGGUCUUGGCUUGCAGCCAGUGGUGGAUUUAGGUAAUUUUAGAUUGUGGACCUAAGGUUCUUUGGGGGCCCUUCUUGGGCAUUCUAAUGGGGGCCACUCUCUAGGGUAAUAAUUAUGCCUCAAUCAUUACAAAUGGCCUUAUGGGGUGGGGGCAUUAAAAGGCCAUGCGCAUUUGCUCACCAACCUGCAUUGGGCAUCCAGCAUUUUUUGGCCCAAGGCUCCAAGGGCAAAGAUUCAUCCACAUUUCUGUUUGCCCCAUCAUUUCCAGCCACAGGUCCAAGAGGUUUUCGUUUUGUGCUGCCACUUUUCCUGGGAAAACCUGAAUGUCAAUCCGCAGAAAACCCAACUAGAAUUUGUUCCAAUUCAGCAGUGAGCAGCAGUUUUUCCAGGAAAAGUGGCAGGACAAAAGAUGAACCUCUCUGACCCUUGAAUAGAAAUCAGGGGAGUAACAGAAGGUGGAGGAGCCCUUGCCUGCACCAGCUGCAGAGCAGAAAAGGCAGGCAGGCACAGCUCCCUGCUUGGCGUUAGGCGUUAACUGUUAAAGCACCAACAUUUCCUAACAGCCAGGAGUGGUGAGUGAAAAAAGAGAGGAGCAGCGAGUUCAGAUCCUGAAGCUGAUAGAACUGUGUAGAUGGGGUGAAGGGAAUGACCUGUUUGUUUGUUUUUCAGAUGAGAAAUUAUUCUUGCUUAUUUAUUGAAUUUAUAUCCCUCCCUUCCUCCCCAAAGAGCCCAGGGCGGCAAUCAGAUGGACCAUUUAAAACAAAAGCAAAGUGAACGUUUUAAAACGGGUUAAAACAGUCUAAAAAUAACUAUAAUUGAAAACAUCUAAAAUCAGUUACAGUUAAGAAUAUUCCAAAAGCAGUUAACCCAAAAAGAUAAAAAGCAUUCUUCCACCCAGUGAUCUUAGCCUGGAACAGUGAGAGGCAGUGUAGUGUCAUCAUUCGGAGUGCUGUUCCAGGAGGUGGAAGAUCAGGGUUCGAAUCCCCACUCAGCCAUGAAGCUCCCUGGCUGACCUUGGGCCUGUCACUCACUCACUCUCAGCCCAUGCCCCCCCCACUGGGCUGUUGUGAGGAUGAAAAGGGGGAGGGGAGCAUUGUACACACCACCUUGAGCUCCUUGGAGAGAAAAAAGGUGGAAUAUAAAUGACAUUAAUUAAUCAUCAUAAUUCUUUAGUCACCAAACGCCUGGCCAAGCAGGAAAGCUUUAAAAUGGCUCCUGAAAAUAAAUAAUGAUGGAUAACCUCUUCUGGAUCAGUGUCACACAAUAAGCCUUAAUGUGUCCACAAGGACACAUUUUCUUUUUAAACACAAGUUGUUCCCAAAGCCUUCCAGGGUUGCUGAUAAGCAGAGGACAAAAGGCCUGAUUAGGACAAAGGACAAAGGACUGUUUCUGGGGGGGGGGGCAGGCCCCUUGUCUCCCUCUUGCUGCUGGUCUGCUGCAAGGGGGGGCUUCACAUAGAAAUGGUGAAGGGGCUUUUCAGCCCUGGGGGUCCUCUUCUGUGACUCUUGGCAAAGAGGAAAGCAACAACUUGGAUUCCAGUGAGUGAGUCUGGGAAGCCUGUGAUGGAGUCCAGUGAAAGUCAGGCGAUGAGCUUUCUGGAGGCACCUGUCUAGCCACUAUCAGAGGUGGAUCUUUGGCCGAACCACCAAAGCAGGUUUGCCGCAUCAGUGUAAAGGGCCAUGUGUUUCUCUCCCCCCCCCCCAAUUUAUUUGUUGUGUUUCUAUCCCACGUUUUUCUCCCAGAAGCUCAAGGUGACCCACACGGUUCUCUCUCUCCCCAUGUAAUCCUCACCACAGCCCUGCGAGGUAGGUUAAGCCGAGAGGCCGUGACCUGCCCAAGGGAGCUUCAUGGCCAGGUGGGGGAUUUGAACCCUGGACUCUCCCAGGGUGUCAUCCGACACUAAUCUGACUCUUCUAAAUCCUUUUUCGCUGCUGCCCACAAGACCUGUGUCUUCUUUUGCUUCACCCCCCCUUUUUUUAAAAAAAAACCACCUUGAGAAGCGCCCCGACUUCUCUUUUUCUUGUUGCCUCGGGGCUUCGAUCUCUCUGCUGCGUCUCUUUGCAAGGUUGUCUCCGGCCCUUUUUCUCUGCUGAGCCACUUGGUGCUGCUCGAGAGUUUCCUGGGCUCUGGCCCUUUGCCCAAAGGGAAGCAACAGGGCAAGGGCGGCGGGAGCAAUGGAGCAGCAGGAGGAGGAGGCAGAGGACGAGGCUGCAUCGGGGGCACCAGCCUCUGCCCUCCUCCCUUCUGGGGGUCUCCCAGCAGAAGCCCUCCUUGGCAGGAUGGCAGAGGAAGACGGAGCCGAUCUGAGCUGCUCCGGGGGCCUUUGGAGACCCAGCAUGUCGGGGAUGCACCUGACUAAGAAGGGCCGUGAGCAAAGGAAGCUCGACUUGCACAGGGACUUCAUGGUGGCCUCGCCUGCCGAGUUUGUGACUCGUUUUGGAGGGAACCGUGUCAUUGAGAAGGUCCUUAUUGCCAACAAUGGCAUUGCGGCCGUGAAGUGCAUGCGUUCUAUCCGCCGCUGGGCCUAUGAGAUGUUCCGCAAUGAACGGGCCAUUAGAUUCGUGGUCAUGGUGACCCCUGAAGACCUCAAAGCAAAUGCAGAGUAUAUAAAAAUGGCCGACCAGUAUGUGCCAGUCCCCGGAGGAACGAACAAUAACAAUUAUGCCAAUGUAGAAUUAAUUGUGGAUAUUUCAAAAAGGAUUCCAGUGCAGGCUGUUUGGGCUGGUUGGGGACACGCAUCGGAAAACCCAAAACUUCCAGAAUUGCUUCACAAAAAUGGCAUUGCUUUCCUAGGCCCGCCCAGUGAGGCCAUGUGGGCUCUGGGGGACAAAGUGGCUUCCACCAUUGUGGCCCAGACGGUCCAUAUCCCCACGUUGCCUUGGAGUGGAAGCGGUUUGGUUGCUGAGUGGAUGGAGGAGGAGAAGGAGCAGCCAAGAACCAUCACUGUCCCCCUGGAGACAUAUUGGCAGGGCUGCGUCAGGGAUCAGGAUGAAGGCCUGGAGGCUUCCGAGAGAAUUGGCUACCCUGUGAUGAUCAAGGCUUCGGAGGGAGGCGGCGGCAAAGGAAUCCGGAUAGUGGAAGCGGCAGAAGAGUUUCCCACCCGCUUCAGACAGGUGCAGAGUGAGGCUCCAGGCUCUCCAAUCUUUGUGAUGAAGUUGUUGCAGCACGCCCGUCACCUUGAAGUCCAAGUCUUAGCAGAUCAGUAUGGGAAUGCUGUUUCGCUGUUUAGCCGGGACUGCUCCAUCCAAAGGAGGCACCAAAAGAUUAUUGAAGAAGCUCCAGCAACUGUAGCAGCCACCUCUGUGUUUGAAUACAUGGAACAGUGCGCUGUACGACUUGCCAAGAUAGUGGGAUACGUGAGCGCAGGAACGGUGGAAUACCUCUACAGUGAAGAUGGCAGCUUCCACUUCCUGGAGUUGAAUCCGCGCCUGCAGGUGGAACACCCCUGCACCGAGAUGAUUGCUGAUGUUAACUUGCCUGCUGCCCAGCUUCAGAUUGCCAUGGGGGUGCCUUUGCACAGACUGAAGGACAUCCGAGCCCUCUAUGGAGAACCCCCCUGGGGGGAUUCACCCAUUGCCUUCGAGAGCCCCAGCAAUGUGCCCGUCCCCAGGGGCCAUGUGAUUGCAGCACGAAUCACCAGUGAAAAUCCUGAUGAGGGCUUUAAGCCAAGCUCUGGCACUGUGCAGGAGCUGAAUUUCCGCAGCAACAAGAACGUCUGGGGGUACUUCAGUGUGGCAGCCACUGGCGGCUUGCAUGAAUUUGCUGACUCUCAGUUUGGACACUGUUUCUCCUGGGGAGAGACCCGAGAGGAAGCCAUCUCAAACUUAGUAGUAGCUCUGAAGGAGCUGUCCAUCCGUGGGGACUUCAGGACAACGGUCGAGUACCUGGUCAAGCUGCUGGAAACAGAGAGUUUCCAGACCAACGAGACUGACACCAGCUGGCUAGAUCACCUGAUUGCAGAGAAAGUGCAGGCAGAGAAGCCAGACACUAUUCUGGGCGUGGUCUGUGGUGCUCUCAACGUGGCAGAUGCUCUGUUCAGGACGUCUAUGGAUGACUUCCUGCAUUCACUGGAAAGGGGCCAAGUCCUACCAGCAGCCUCACUUUUGAACAUUGUUGACGUUGAGCUUAUUCACGAAGGCAUGAAAUACUCACUCAAGGUCGCUCGCCAGUCACUGACCACCUACGUGAUCAUAAUGAAUAACACCCACAUAGAGAUCGACGUACACAGGUUGAACGACGGGGGGCUCCUGCUCUCCUAUGAUGGCAAUAGUUAUACCACAUACAUGAAGGAAGAAACGGACCGAUACCGCAUCACCAUUGGCAAUAAAACCUGCAACUUUGAAAAGGAGAAUGACCCAACCUUGCUCCGCUCUCCCUCCACUGGGAAGCUCCUGCAGUACACGGUGGAUGACGGGGGACACGUCUGUGUGGGCCACAGCUAUGCGGAAAUCGAGGUGAUGAAGAUGGUGGUGACCUUGGCAGUGGAGGAAUCGGGCCGUGUCCAUUACGUGAAGCGGCCAGGGACAUUGCUGGAGACGGGCUGCGUUGUGGCGAGGCUUGAGCUGGACAACCCCACCAAAGUCCACCUGCCCCAGUUGUACACCGGUGGGCUGCCCACUCAACAGCCCCUGCCCAUCCUGGGUGAGAAAUUGCACCAGGUCUUCCACAACGUGCUGGAGAGCCUGAGGAACGUCAUGAACGGAUAUUGUUUGCCAGAGCCGUAUUUCAGCACCAAACUCAAGGAAUGGGUCUUCAAGCUGAUGAAGACCCUCCGGGACCCCUCUCUUCCUCUCCUGGAGCUGCAGGAGAUCAUGACGAGCAUUUCGGGCCGCAUCCCGCCAUCUGUGGAGAAGUCGAUCCGGAAAGUGAUGGCCCAGUAUGCCAGCAACAUCACCUCGGUGCUCUGCCAGUUCCCCAGCCAGCAAAUUGCCAGCAUUCUGGACAGCCAUGCAGCCACUCUGCAGCGGAAAGCUGACCGGGAGGUCUUCUUCCUCAACACCCAGAGCAUCGUGCAGCUAGUUCAGAGGUAUCGCAGUGGCAUCCGAGGCCACAUGAAAUCAGUCGUGUUGGAUCUCCUAAGGUGUUAUUUGCAGGUGGAGACCCAGUUCCAGCAAGCUCACUACGACAAAUGUGUGAUCAACCUACGCGAGCAAUACAUGCCCGACAUGACCCCGGUUCUGGAAUGCAUUUUCUCCCAUGCGCAGGUGGCAAAGAAGAAUCUCCUGGUGACGAUGUUGAUUGAUCACCUUUGUGGCCGAGACCACACCCUGAGCGAUGAGCUGAUGGCCAUUCUGAACGAGCUGACUCAGCUUAGCAAAACGGAGCACUCCAAAGUGGCCUUGAGGGCCAGGCAGGUGCUGAUUGCCUCCCACCUCCCUUCCUACGAACUGAGGCACAACCAGGUGGAAUCCAUUUUCCUCUCAGCCAUAGACAUGUACGGACACCAGUUCUGCCCUGACAACCUAAAGAAACUGAUCCUUUCUGAAACCACCAUCUUUGAUGUCCUGCCCACUUUCUUCUAUCACUCCAACCAGGUGGUCCGCAUGGCAGCCCUUGAGGUGUAUGUGAGAAGAGCCUACAUCGCCUAUGAGCUGAACAGCCUCCAGCAUCGCCAGCUCACAGAUGGCACCUGCCUGGUGGAAUUCCAGUUCAUGCUGCCAUCGUCCCAUCCAAACAGAGGCAGCAGCCCCGCCCUGAGCAGGAUGUCUGUGCCCAUAAGCAUCUCGAACCCCGACUUAGCCCGGCACAGCACUGAACUCUUCAUGGACAGCGGCUUUUCUCCUCUUUGUCAGCGGAUGGGGGCCAUGGUGGCUUUUGACAGAUUUGGAGACUUCACCAGAAACUUUGACGAGGUCAUUUCCUGUUUUGCUGACCCCAACCCUUCCGAGAGCCCCUUGUUCAGUGAGGUGAGGGCCACGCUGUAUGAUGAAGAAGACAGCAAGAACCCCCGAGAGGAGCCCAUCCAUAUCCUGAAUGUUGCUGUUCGGUGGGCAGAGCACCAUGAAGAUGAAGAGCUGGUGCCCGUCUUCAGAGCCUUCGCUCAGUCCAAGAACAACAUCCUUGUUGAAUGUGGGCUCCGAAGAAUCACAUUUUUGAUAACCCAGCAGAGGGAAUUUCCCAAGUUCUUCACAUUCCGGGCACGAGAUAAGUUUGCCGAAGACCGCAUCUACCGCCACUUGGAGCCGGCGUUGGCCUUCCAGCUGGAGCUGAACCGCAUGCGCAACUUUGACCUGACAGCAGUGCCUUGUGCCAACCACAAGAUGCACCUUUACCUGGGUGCUGCCAAAGUGGAGGAAGGCACUGAAAUCACAGACUACAGGUUUUUUGUCCGUGCCAUUGUCAGACACUCGGACCUGAUCACCAAGGAAGCCUCAUUUGAAUACUUGCAGAACGAGGGCGAGCGGCUGCUCCUGGAGGCCAUGGAUGAGCUGGAAGUGGCCUUCAGCAACACGAGUGUCCGCACCGACUGCAACCACAUCUUCCUCAACUUCGUCCCCACCGUCGUCAUGGAUCCCUCCAAGAUUGAGGAAUCGGUGCGCUCCAUGGUGAUGCGCUAUGGGAGCCGUCUAUGGAAACUCCGGGUCCUGCAAGCGGAAGUGAAGAUCAACAUCCGCCUGACGCCAUCUGCCCAGGCCAUCCCCAUCCGCCUAUUUCUCACAGACGAGUCAGGAUACUACCUGGAUAUCAGCCUCUACAAGGAGGUCAACGAUCCCAGCACGGGAAAUAUCAUGUUCCACUCCUAUGGAGACAAGCAGGGACCUCUGCACGGGAUGCUCAUCAACACUCCGUACGUCACCAAAGACCUGCUUCAAUCCAAGCGCUUUCAGGCCCAGUCACUCGGCACCACCUACGUCUACGACUUCCUUGAGAUGUUCCGGCAGGCUCUGUUCAAGUUGUGGGGUUCCACGGAAGCAGACCCUGCAGGUAUCCUGACCUACACGGAAUUAGUGCUGGAUUCUCAGGGGCAGCUGGUACAGAUGAACAGGCUGCCUGGAGGAAAUGAGAUUGGGAUGGUGGCCUUCAAGAUGAAGAUGAAGACCCCCGAGUACCCCCGAGGCCGUGACAUUGUGGUCAUUAGCAAUGACAUCACCUACAAGAUCGGGUCAUUUGGGCCGGAGGAAGACCUCCUCUUCCUGCGUGCUUCAGAGCUGGCGCGCAGCGAAGGCAUCCCCAGGAUCUACAUUGCAGCCAACAGUGGGGCCCGCAUUGGGUUUGCUGAUGAGAUCAAGCACAAGUUCCAGGUGGGCUGGGUGGACCCUGCAGAUCCAUACAAGGGCUUCAAGUAUCUGUACCUGACCCCGCAGGAGUACACCAGGAUCAGCUCCACAAACUCUGUUCACUGUGAGCACGUUGAGGAAGCCGGCGAGUCGAGGUACGUCAUCACCGAUAUCAUUGGCAAAGAAGAAGGCUUUGGCGUGGAGAACUUAAGAGCGUCGGGCACCAUUGCUGGGGAGUCUUCUCUUGCCUAUGAUGAAAUUGUCACCAUCAGCAUGGUGACCUGCCGUGCCAUCGGAAUUGGGGCUUACCUGGUGAGGCUGGGCCAGCGGGUGAUCCAGGUGGACAAUUCCCACAUCAUUCUGACCGGAGCUGGAGCUCUGAAUAAGGUCUUGGGCCGUGAAGUGUAUACUUCAAACAACCAGCUUGGAGGGGUGCAGAUCAUGCACAAUAAUGGCGUUUCCCACGUAACAGUUCCAGAUGAUUUUGAAGGCGUCUACACUAUUCUGCAGUGGCUCACAUUUAUGCCAAAGGACAAUUGUAGCCCUUUGCCUAUCACCACCACAAGUGACCCCAUUGACAGAGAAAUUGACUUUGUCCCUUCCAAAGCUCCUUAUGAUCCCCGGUGGAUGCUGGCAGGGAGACCUCACCCCACUGUGAAGGGAUCCUGGCAAAACGGCUUCUUUGACCACGGCUCUUUCAUGGAGAUGAUGCAGCCCUGGGCCCAGACGGUGGUGGUUGGCAGAGCCAGGCUGGGAGGGAUCCCGGUGGGUGUGAUCGCAGUGGAGACCCGAACAGUGGAGUUGGCGGUGCCGGCUGAUCCAGCAAACCCGGAAUCAGAAGCGAAGAUAAUCCAGCAAGCUGGACAGGUUUGGUUUCCGGAUUCGGCCUUUAAAACAGCCCAGGCUAUCAGAGACUUUGACCGUGAACGCCUUCCUCUUUUGAUUUUUGCCAACUGGAGAGGGUUCUCUGGUGGGAUGAAAGACAUGUAUGACCAGGUGCUGAAGUUUGGGGCGUAUAUUGUGGACAGCCUUCGGCAAUUCAAGCAGCCAGCCCUUGUCUACAUCCCUCCCCAUGCUGAGCUCCGCGGAGGCUCCUGGGUGGUGAUUGAUCCAACUAUCAAUCCUCUUCACAUGGAGCUGUAUGCAGACAGAGAGAGCAGGGGGGGCAUCUUAGAAGCUGAAGGCACGGUGGAGAUCAAGUUCCGGAGGAAGGAGCUACUGAAGACCAUGAGGAGGAUUGAUGCCACCUGUGCCAGGAUUGCUGAGCAGCUGGGUUCCCUGACGCUCUCUGCAGAGGAGCACAAGGAGCUGGAGAAUCAGCUGAAGACCCGCGAGGAUUACCUCCUCCCCAUAUACCACCAGGUGGCAGUGCAGUUUGCUGACCUCCAUGACACGCCAGGGAGGAUGCAGGAGAAAGGAGUUGUUACAGACAUUCUCCAGUGGAAAAAUGCCCGGGCGUUCUUCUACUGGCGUUUGCGGCGCCUCCUGCUGGAGGAAGUCAUGAAGGCAGAGAUCCUAGAGGCUCACAGCGAGUUAAGCAACAGCCACAUCCAGUCCAUGCUGCGACGAUGGUUCCUGGAAACAGAGGGUGCCGUGAAGGGCUACCUCUGGGACAACAACCAAGUGGUGGUGGAAUGGCUUGAGAAGCACCUGCAAGAGGAAGACGGGGCCAAGUCCGCCAUCCAGGAGAACAUCAAGUACCUGAAGAGGGAUUAUGCCCUCAAGCGCAUCCGAAACUUAGUUCAAGCAAACCCCGAAGUUGCCAUGGACUGCAUCAUUCACAUGACCCAACACAUCACUCGUGCUCAGAGGGCCCAGAUCUCUCACCUCCUGGCAACGAUGGACAACCCUUCCUCCUCGUGACUAGGGCAGCCACACGCCCCCCGUUGGCCUCCUUCAGACCUGACAGCCUCGUGGCCAAGCUGCGCAGCACAGAAUGCAUCUUCAGAGCAGGAGUCAAGCAGCAGUUCCUAGAGCACAGCCACAUGGCAGGUGCAGUGGAACGGACCUCUGGAGGACAGCUGGCUGGCCUCACCUGAGCACAAAAUUAUCUGCAGCUGCCUGGCUGGCUAUCAACCGACGGUCUUCUGCAAGUGUAUGUAACCCAGCUACUGUGUGGGUCUUUUCACAUCAAAAUGUGUUGUCUUUAUAAAAUAAUAGUACCAGUUUUCAACAAUUUUUUUUAAAAAAAUGUCUGUGAUGGAAUUCAUUGGAGAACAAUGCCAGUAACCACUUCCAAACCAGUCUCCAAGGCCUUGGCAAAAUGUUGUGUCACACAGACCGCACUGCAGCCACGCUGCACCACAGAACACAUUGCAGAAAUUCCUACAAAAAAUGUUGCUGCUUCUUGGUUGCAGGUGACAUUUUUAGCCCUAUUUGCCUGAUGUAGGAUGUUUUGUCAAUUUCCCUAAUGAAAGGGGUUUUUCCAUCUCCCUCCCUCAUCCGUCCCAACUGCAUCCCUCGAGCGCAAGGCAAUUCUGCCAGGGUCUGCCCACCUCAAAAACAAAGCAGCAUCUCCACCUUCGCUUGGAAACAUUUGCCCAUUUCCUGGUGGUGCCUAAGGCUGCGCCUCCUUCGCCAACCAGGUGCCUUCCAUCAAAGGCUGGCCUAAUGGGAUUAAGUGGACGCCUUGGCCCUGUCGGGGGCAUUGGGUAGGUUGUUGGAAUAGCUGCAACCUGGGAAUUCAAAAUGCAUUUCAAAGGUGUCAGCACCUGGCAGGUGGAAUGUACUGUAAACUGCAUAAUGUUGAGCAGCGUAAGUCCCCCCCCCCAAAAAGAACCUCAUAUAAGAGUGUAAAGGGCAAAGGUGGCAACCAAAGGGAAGUUUAUGUUGCUAAUCCUACCCACGGUUGAGUGUUGACAGUCGCGUUCCAGUGUCCAAACCAGGCUGCCAAGGACUAUUCAAGCCCAGGUGGGUGUUGAGGAACAUGUUGUGUUAAGUUCAGCGACAGGUGGGAGUUUUUUCUAAAAGAAAAAGAGAGUUCUUUCCUCCUUCAAGGAAGGGAGCACCAAGUUCAAAAUAGUUGCUCUUACUCAUAGCAAAUAUGUUAAUUUAUGUGCACAUUGUCAUUUGGGGGGGGGGUCCUCUACUGUUCAAGCUUCUAAUAAACACAGCUAUGUUUACUAGAAAUUAUCCUCUCUGGAUUUUAUUUACAGAUGCCACAUGCAUUUUGUCUGUUACCAUGUCAGAGACUCACAAAACAGGUCUUUUUCAUUCUCUGAGCAUUUCCGACUAUGUUCCUGGCCAUAAAACUAUCUCCUCUCCAUUGCUCUUGUUCUGAAUUGCAAUCUUGAUUUAUUUUUGGACAUACUUCUCUUCCAUUACUGCCUCUAGCAUUAAUCCAUCUUUAUUGUGAAUUUAAAAAAAAUAAUCAUAAGGCCAACAGUAGAAAAUCAUUGGAUGACAAGUCAUGUCAUAUGAGCAGAACUGACAUUACAUUUUCCAAGGGAGGUUUUCUUAAACAAUAAAAAUUCUGUUAGUGCUCAUUUUUCUGGUUUCCAUAGAACCAAAGAAUCAGA